AUGACAGCCCCAUUAUCAGAAGGAGUUGGCUAUGGUGUCGUGGUGGGCGUUGGUUUCGCCUUCGCAAUUGGUAUGAUUCUGACCACUGCUUCUCUGCGUCGUUACCAGAAAGAAGUUAUGACUUCAGAAGAGUUCUCGACUGCGGGAAGAUCUGUCAAGACUGGUUUGAUUGCCUGUGCUGUUGUCAGUAGUUGGACUUGGGCUGCAACUCUAUUACAAUCCACUGCUCAAGUUUACAAGAAUGGUGUCAUGGGAGCCUAUUCCUAUGCCGCUGGUGCAACCGUACAAGUAAGUUGUAAUUCCAAGACCCCUGUCUCUCUAAUCAAAUGCUAA